AUGUACGAGUCCGAUCUCCGGCUGACUCCCCACGAUGGCCAGUUCUGCCGGCUGUGCUUUAGCAAGUCGGACGACCUCUGCCCGCUGUUUGCCUCGGCGAACAACAUGCCGAACAAAGUGCUGCUUCAUAAGAUUUUCGACUGCACCACCAUAACGCUCAGCUUUCGCGACGAUCACGAUGCCAACAUCUGCGCCAACUGUAUCGUCAGCAUCGAGGCCUUCUACAAGUACAAAGCGAAGUGCGUGGAGAACGAUCGGCUGCUGCGCAAGAAGCGGGUCAGUUUCUUCGCCGGGCUAGGCCUGGCCGUGGGGACGGAUCCCCACGGUAACGGGGCGGAAGAGGAGGCCGAUGCGCGCCAGCAGAUCCUGGCCCAGUGUAAGCGGCGUCGGUUGAGCGACGGUGACGAUGUGGACCACCGAAGCCACCGCGGUACGGUCGGUGGUGAAGCGGGGAAGCCUUUCAAUGGAACCGGAGGAGAAGGAGGAGGGGCGGACGAUGGUUUCGAUGACGACGAGGAAGCGAAUCGAGGGCAGCCCCGGUAUCGUGUGAAGCAGGAAGUGAUUGAUGAGCAGGAGGAAGCCAUUGGCCACAAGCACGAGCCGCAGCAGGAGCAGCCCGAGGGGGAAGAGGACGACGACGAGGAAGAGUUCUUCAAUCCGAACCAGUUCCUGGCGCAAGAGACGCAGAUCGACGAGGGUGAGCACGAGGUCAGCUCCGACGGUGGCGUCGGUGGCGAUGGGUUGACGGCCAACGGGAGUAGCAACGAUGAGGCGGCCAGUUCCGCGUCGUAUGAUCGUCCCUGGAAGACGACGGAAUUCGCGCCCCAACCGGGUGCGUCCGGGCUGAGGACGCUCAAGAUUACCGACUACUCGAACGUGACCGGCAAGCGGGGACGUCCUCAGCGGUUCGAGACGGGUGACAUGCUGCCGGCAGGUGGUGGUAGUAGCGGUAGCAGCAACAACCUGCUGGCGUACCACCAACGGGAAGCGGUCUACCGGGAGCUCCAGAGGUUGAACGGGAUGGUUGCGAGCGGAGGCGGUGGGGUGAUGGGACGGAUGGCGAUGGUCGUAUCCCCGCAGGGACCGCACCGGCGUGCCAGUGGCGGAACGAUCGAGCCGACGAAGAAGGUGCAAAAGUUCCUGGACGACGGUCUACGGGAGCUGAUUUAUAAUGCCGGCGCACCGAAUCCAAACUACUCUCGGGAUGGAGGAUCGACCAACUUCAUGGUAGUGAAAGCACGCUUCAACUCGUACAACAUAAUCUUCGACGACAAUCGGUUUCUGCGACGGAACAAAUCGGUCAGCGGGUUACCGAAGUGGUACUGGGCGUGCAGCGUCACCGGAUGCCCGGUGAAGAUCUGCAGCUACGCCGGUCGGUUGUUUAAAACCAACGAACUAUCGCACACCCACCCGCCGACCGAACCGGACGCCGACAAGCGCUACGAAACGAUCCAACCGGAUCCGCUCGAGGCGGAACAGCUCCAGCGGCAACUUCUCCUCCAGCAGCAACAGCAGCACCAGGCGCAACAGGAGCGUCUGCUCCGGCAGCAGCAACAGCAGCAGAUGCUUCGCCAACGACAGAUGGAACUGGCCCAGCGGAGAGUGAUAGCGACGGCUGCGCUGAUGGCCGCAGCGGCCGCAUCCGCCAACCACAACGAGGAGCUGGAGCGUUUGAGAAAGGAAUCGCUAGCUGCUGGCGCUGAAGAUCUUGCUGACCGGAAGUGCCACUACGAGCUUCGGAGGGCGGACGAUGGUACGGAGCUGCUUAUUUACGCUGGCCACAGCCACGGGUUGAUCAUGACGCGCAAGGAUGGUGUGCGGAUUUACCGGUGCACGAGCGACGGAGAGCAAUCCUGUACGGACACCGUAUUCCUACGGCCGGACGGACGGGUGGCAAAGGUUUGCAAGGAGACGAACGUCAACUACGACAUGGAGCUGCCGGACGAACGGAAGGAUGACGGAGCAGGUGGGGAAGGAGCCGUGGUUACCGAAGAGGAGGACAAAAAACGCCGACCACAGAAGAUCAUCGUGUACGAGGGCUACCGAUACAAGUACUGCCACGCGCGCCCCGAGGGCAGCUUCUACUGGCGGUGCGUCCUGCGCCACGAAAAGGACUGCCUUGCGUCGAUACAGACGAAGCGAAACCUUGAGUUUCUCAAUGUGAACGAUCAGCCGCACAAUCACGAUCCUCCGGAUCCGUCCGAGCCGCACGAGAACGCAAUGCUGUGCGAAAUCCGCCUACCAGCGAAGGGCGAAGAAGCGGAAGGCUCGACCGACUUCAAGCUGGUUAAGAGUGGCCAAAAGCGAGAGUUUCUCAUCUACAAGGGCUACCGGUACUACUUCCAGUACGAGUCGAAAAACGGUCGACGAUCGUAUCGGUGCACGAUGUUUAAAAACUGUCCCGCCGGAGCAUUCCUGCUACCGAACAGCACCAUUCAGGAGGCGAAAAAUUUCAUCCACACCCACCCACCGGUGGAGGACAUGGAGAAGUACAUCACGAAGGAUAGUUUAAUAACGAGCCCGAUCAAGCUGUCCGUCGAUGGUGGCGAUCCGGCUGCAAUGGCCGCGUGGAAAGCGGCCCAAACGGCAGCAGAGAGCGGGCCGUCCAAUACCGGACCGUCGGGUGGAGUGGAGCCGCUGAGUAAGGACCCGGAGGUGGCCCGAAGGAACGGCUAUCGGAUCAUCAAAAACUACAAAAACAAGGAAAUCAUGAUCUACCUCGGUUGGCGCUACUUUGAGGAUUACAAGAAGAAAAGUGGUGGCCAGGUGUGGCGCUGCUCGUCCCAUCGGUUGUGUCGUGGCUCGGUACAUCUGUUCCCGGAUGGUUCAAUUAAUUUCGCCAAACUUGUCGAUCACAAUCAUUCCCCGCCGAAAAAGAUCCUAAGCCACUCGUCGGUGGGUGGUGGCGGGAUGGGCAAGGCUGAUGACCUGGACGGUUCGAACGAGCAGCUAGAUAGCGCGGGGGGCGAUGUGUUCCCGCGUGGCGGUGGCAUCGGUGGAGCUUACCAUCGGUACAUCACACACCAGGGUCAUCGUUUCCGGUUCGCGACACGAAAGCGCGAGGGAACCAUCUACUGGCGGUGCGCAAUGAGACUCGAGACAAAGUGUCCAGUGUCGUUCCAUACGCGAGAAGACUCGUACGAGCUGGUGAGCACACGCAAUCACGAACACAAUCAUCCCAUUCCGACGGUUUGGCCUGAGGUGGCCGGUGGGCAGAUCGACGAGGAGCUACCGAAGGUUCGGCUCCCGGCGGAAGAGAUUGGCACGACGGAUUUCAUCCUAACGAAAAACUCGAAAGGGCGCGAUUUGGUUAUCUACCGAAACGGCCGGUUCUAUCUCGACUAUUCGCGCAAGGAUGGUAAAAUUGUGUUCCGCUGUUCGGCCGUGUCCGGGUGUCGGGCAACGGUGCUUUUGCUCCCGAACAAAACGCUCCAGGUUCCGGAAGACUUUAGCCACAACCAUCCCACGGUGGACAGCUGGGGAGCCGAGCAGGGCUCGACCGCUACGAACCGUGCGCAAAAGUCGGAAGAAGAGGAAGAGGAUGUUGAGGAAAUAAUAGGCAAUGGGGUCGGAUCCUUCGAGGGUGGUUUCGAUCGGGCUUUGUCGAAGAUCGUCCUUCACAACGGCUUCCAGUAUCGUUUCGUGACGCGCCACCCGACGGAACGGAGUGCAUUCUAUCGAUGUUGCAAUUUCGAUGUCAAGAAGCAGCAGUGUCACGCGUCGCUCUACACCGACCUAAACGGGGUCGUCAUCCAGGCGAGUCAGCAGCCGCACAAUCACGCCCCGGGUGACUACCUUCAAGGGCCGGCCAAAACACCCAGCCCUCAGCAACAGCAACACGACACAUCCGAUCUGAUCGGGACACGCGAUUACAAGAUCGUGAAGAAUUGGAAAAAUCGUGACGUGCUGGUGUUCCAGAACUGUCGCUACUUCCUGCACUACGUGCGCAAGGACGGUCGUAAGGUGUGGCGAUGUUCGGCCAUUCGGAGUUGCCACGCAGCGGUGUAUCUGAACGCGGACGGCACGGUCGAUCAGUUCCGUGGACAACACGUGCACGAAAUACGUCCCGAGGGUGAACCACGGCGUCGCCGGCGCAGACGCAAGGCCGAACUGAUGUAUCCCUUUGGGGCGGCGGUCAGUGGUGGUGGACCUACCAGCGUGUCCGGUGCGAAUCGAGCGGCCGCUGCUGCUGCGAUGGCUGGAAUGUUUGCCAAUGGAGGGAUGGUCACACCGGCGGAACUAUUGGCUCGCACAGGAGGAGGAGCAGGAGGGGGGUCGGCGAUGAAUGGCACAUCGGGUGCGCCGGCAGGCAUGAUGAACGGAGCGUCGAUACAGGCAAUGGCCGCGGCGAUCAAUGGUAUCACAAAUGGGCAUACCGGUGGUGGGGGGAACGAAUGGAUCGAUUACAGCGAUUACGGUAUACAGAUGAGUGCCCCGGACACAGCCCAUGGUCAGACAGGUGGUCGGUCGCACGAGGAAAACCAAUCCCUCUGGGAUCAGUUCCAUCCCCAUCAGGGAAUGGCGGAGAAUAGUGGGGAGGGCGAGUCGUUCGACUUCAACUACCACUCGGUGUUUGGCAACCAGGAGGCCUUCAAUUCCUACACCGCCCAUGCCUUGGCGCAACAUCAUCUUCAACAGCAGCAGCAGCAUCAUCGCACCAUACAACAACAACUUCAGCAGCGAAUGCAGCAACUGAACGGCGGUGGCCCGCACCAGCAAGAACCGUCGCAACCCUUACUGAUCGACAGCAGUGACGCGGAGGAAGAAGAUCACGCACCGUCGCGGGAGGAAAGUGACGACGAUCAACCGAUCAUCGUGCCCGAGGUGAAAAUGGAAACCGACGAUCUGUGA